CGUGGAGCUCUCUCAGUAAAGACUUUUAAGUAGAUUGUGUUUGUUGUUUUUGUUAGGUUAGCGAAGCGAGGAAACCUUUAUUAAUGUAUUUGUUUAAAGUGCUGACUAUGAAAGUUUCUGGAAAGCCUUGCCAGGCUUAUUUAGUGCUGAAUGGCUGGGAGUGUGGAGGAUAGGAGGAUCAGCAGGCACAGAGGAGGUGGAGAAAAGCUGAUAAGAGGAGUGUGUUCCUCGCUUGUGUUUUGGUGGGAGUUGAUGCUCGUACUCACAGCUGCUCCCUCUUUCUUUCUUUACCUCUCUGUUUGUAUUCUGACUGCUCCACACCCAUGCUGCUGCUGUAGCCAGCAGCUCCACACUCUCGGCUUACUGGAUGGAGGCUCAGGGAGGGGCAUCCAGCCCAGAUCCCAACAAAGAUAUCCAGAAACUGCUGAAGCCCUCCAGCUCGGGAGAACUGCCGAAAGAGCCGCUUCAUCAUCCCACGGGUGAGGAAGAGGCAGUUAUCCUGGGACACACCCCGGGGCUGCUGCAUGUCACUGAGAGAAGACAGCCCCUGAGCAGUGUGUCAUCCCUGGAGGUGCAUUUUGACCUUCUAGACCUGACAGAGCUCACGGACAUGUCCGACCAGGAGUUGGCUGAGGUGUUUGCUGAUUCUGAUGAAGAGAACCACAACGACUCACCUGCAAGUCACCACCACCACCCCCUGCCGCUACACCGAAGCGGCUACAUGCGCUCUCCCUCCUGGACACGCUGCAGCAAGAACGAGCAGACGAGGGACAGAAAGCACCACAGCGACUCGGACACCACCGACCCGCAUCGCAAACUGGAGAGGCCCAAACAGCCCUGAGAACACACACUGACACUGGAGCGGCCCUCAGAGGAACACACUCGACACCUCUGACCGACACACACACGGCCGAGCCACGGGGACGUCCAGACCUGUGGCGCUGAGGACGCUAAUAUGAGCUCUCCAUGCUUUAUUUAUAUGAAAUGUGUCACUGCAGAAGCUGUGGGACAAACAUCUCUCUCCAUAUUCAUAUUCAGUCUGGUCUAUUACUUCUCAAGGGCUUUCUGUAGACUGGGAUCUGCAGCUGCGAUGUUGGAAGGCCUGGUUGGAUUUUAUGAAAUCUCAUUCAGAAACUGCUCUGGAAUGCAGUUCUAUGAUGUUCAGGCAGACAGAGACGUCAAGGAAAACAUCAAGAACUGGAGCUAAAAUGAAAAGAAUGGAGUGUUUUUGAGAGACAAGCCAAAAACGAAUCACUGUAUAAUCCAUUGCCUUUAUAAAGUAACACAACAAACUGCUAUAAGGAGUGAUUGUAAACACAGCCCAGAGGCUGGUGUAGUGUAGUGGAUAACAACACUGCCUUCUCCACUGCAAACUUUAAAAAAUCAAGGUUUAAUUCUAAACUACACACUUUUCUAACUCUACAUUCUUCUGCCUGUGUAACCUGAUUCUUAUAAUCACUAACAAGGACAAACCCCAUAGAGACAAUAGGUGGUAUAGGAUAAGUAUUUGAAUCAGAAUUUUACAUAUUAAAUUAAUUAUGUAUAAAUUGCAUUUAAUAUACUUCUAAUAUUUAAGUCCUUCCAUAGAAUAACCAUAAAUCAACCAUACACAAAUCAACCAUUUCCAUUAUUUUACAAUAAAAAAAAUUGAUGUGCUUUAUUAAGACAUAUAUUUCUUCAUUCAUGAAAAAAGGGAAAUAAAAUAAUUAUUUUUUCACAGAAAGGAAAAGUGGUUGAUGUAUGGUUACUUGUUGGAAGGCUAAUUAAAUGGCAUAAUUCAUAAAUUAGAAUUUAACAAUUUUUAUUAGGUGGUUAAAUUUGCUGUUGAAAAUAAAAUACAUUUAAAAAUUUAACAUUUUUUAGAUUUUAAAACAGCUAUUUGAAUGUCGGUCCUGAGAGAGUACUAUGAUUCAUCUAAUUCAACUUCAAGCAUUCUGACAAAACUGACUUUGACUUUGCCUAAAUUAAUAUUUCUGCAUUUUAGAGCAGAGGUUUGAUUGUAUAGAUGUAACAUUUAUUUAGAUAGAAAUGUAACUUGUCAAAUGUAUAAUGUAUUUUUAACAUUGUUAAAAACAGCAUUAACAUCUCACAAGCUCAAAACAACAAAAAAAAAAAACUCUAGUUUAUGAAUUAUGCAAUAUUUAAAAAAAUAAGAAAUGUCAUGUUAAUAAUAUACAAAAUAUAAAAUUCAGCCUCUAAAAAAGUCAACCUAAACAAAGUUUGGCACUUUUUAAGCUCCAUAAAAACGUUUUACCUACAAAAUGGAGGAAAUGGAGCAGAAAAACCUUUUCUAACUUUUCAAUUGAAAUAUUUAAGUCAUUUUGGAGCAUUUGUAUUAGUCCAUUAAUCAUGAUCUCUAGCUUUUUCUUUUUGUGGUGACACAAACACGGACACAUAUUUCCAUAAAUUUAAGCACAAGUCUUAUAAAACACUGUUACUUCUCCUUAAUUAUAAAUAUAUUUAAGUCCUUUAAAAUAUAAAGAUUUCCCAAAACAAAUGGUAAGAAAACAAUAAACGUUCCUUAUUACAGGCAGAACUCAUUGUUUAUUCUGUGAUGUAACACUCAGUCAUGGAAAUUAGAAAUGGGGCGUCUUUGAGAAGCUGGAUUUAGUCUAAUGGUUUCACUGCAGAUUUUCUUGUAUUAGCUCUUGGAUUUCCUUAAUUAAUGCUAAAAAUCAUCAGAAUGUCAAGAGCAUUCCGGUGAUUAUCAUGGGAAUCUUGGGAUAAUCCAGUAAGAUUUUUUUAGUAGCCGACCAGAUUUCAGAUGAGAACAAUGUGUGCAGUGUUCACUGCUGAUGCAAAACUGGUCAGAAAUUACAUCAUCUUUUAUUUUUGGUUUCCAAAGCUGGUGCAAAGUUCAGUCAAACAGUGUAACAGUAUAAGCCAGGGUGCUGUGUGUGUUUAUACUGAUCUAAGCUGCUGAUUUAAACUGACCUGAAACACUGUAACAUACCAUACGCUGUCUGUCUCUCUCUCUCUCUAAUAGUUAUUAUAUACAUUACAGCAGAUACUGUAGCUGUCUGCAUUAAAAAGCCCUGAUGUUAAGAAGCAUCAUAGUAGACAAUUAAAGUCCAUCUGAAAUUAGUUUGGCUUUAUGGUUUACUAUAAAACUCCCUGUA